UUAUAUUCGAGAUCAUAAAAGAUUCAGAAUUUUGUUUUUGCGAAGAGAAAAAUUAUGAUCGAUCGAGAAAAAGUAAUGAAAGUCGUUUGUUUUCGUCUUUUGUAUGUACGAUUGUAGGUGUCGUCGAUAUUAAAGGAAAGAAGGAUGGAUGGAUGGAUGAAUAGAUGGAUGGAUGGAUGGAUGGUUGGUUAGUUGGAUGGAAGGAAGGAAGGAAGGAAGGAAGGAAGGAAACAAGAAAGGAAGGAAGGAAGGAAGGAAGGAAGAAGAGUCGAUUCGAUGAGGAAAUGCAUCCAUCGAGAAUCAUAUUUCCUGAACGGAAAGCAUUGUAUCUUACAUUCUACGAUGACUUACCUUGCAUUCCUUUGCUUUCUCAUUUUCAAUAUCACCAUAAAAUGAUCUUGCGUUUUAUUAGGAACGACGAAAUAUAUUAUAUCACGAUUAAAUUCACCGGUAGAAUGUUUAUUCACUAUUUUAGCAUAGCUUUUCACAGGAACGUAUAGACGAGGUGUUAUAGAUAUUUGUGAGAUUAAGCCUGUGCGUUGGAUUGAUGGCUAUAAAAACAUAUUUAAGUGAGAUCUAGCUCGACGAUAUGGAAACGAAAAGAGUGAAAGGUAAACCGACGGGUAAUCGUGUACGAUCGAUUUUACAGUGGUACUACUUGCUUCUCUCACGUCUGCCAGUCUUUUUCCUUUGCUCUUUUUCUUUUCCUCCUUAUUUUUCUCUGUCUCUAUCUUUCUCUGUCUAUUUUUCUUUUUCACUGUUUCUUACGUUCGCAUGUUACCUUACAGAUUCUUUCUAGUAUUUACUCAAUGCUCUCUGGAACUUGUUUUCUUUGCCAUUUCCCAUUCUGAUGCGUGACCAAUAUCGCCUACAAUUUUUAAUUUAUUUACCUACAGAAAGAUCUUAUCUCAUUUAUUAUUAUUUUAUCUUUCUCUUCUACCUUACUGAAUAUCUAUUUCGUUAGAUCCAAAAAAAAAAAAGAAAAGAAAAGAAAAAAGAAAGAAAGGAAAAGAAAUAUUCAUUCCGAUCGACGAAACGUCAUAAAAUAUAUUAUUUGUUGUGUUUCAUUCGGUAGACAGUACGAAAUAGCUCUGUUUCGUUGGAUUGGAUGAGAUCUAUUAAAGAUACAUCAUGUUUGCAAAGUCUAAGAGCAGCAGUUCGUCCUCCAAUUUUCAAUUAGCAAAUCCAAUAAGAAAUUUCUGCGAAAUUCGGAAGCAAACAGCUACCGCGGGACCGGAACAUGUUUGGCGUAUCUACGAUGCUUACAGUAAAGAGGACGGGAAGGAAGUUUCUGUAUUUCUCUUCGACAAACGUUCGGUGGAAAAACUUCACAAACCAAAACGCAAGGAAACUGUUACGGAAAUAUUACGGAAUGGAGCUAAGGAAAUGCAACGUUUUAUCCAUCCAAAGAUAUUGCAGGUAUAUAAAGUCGAAGAAUGUCCUGAAACAUUAGCCUUCGCUUCGGAACCGGUCUUAGCUAGUCUUGCAAAUGUCUUAGCUUAUGAAGAGCAACAAGAACUUAUCAAUAAACAAAAUACAUUGUCACAAAGCCAUCGUCCAGUUUAUAUAAAAGAGUAUGAAUUAUUGGAUAUUGAAAUUAAAUAUGGUUUAUUACAGAUUACCGAAGCUUUACUAUUUCUGCAUACCAAUUCUCAUACCAAAAUUCUUCACAGAAACGUUUGUCCGAGUAAUAUUAUAAUAACGAAAAGAGGAACGUGGAAGCUCGCCGGAUUCGAAUUUAUAGAGGUGGUCAAUGAGAUACCAUUUACUAUACAACCAUGGACAAGUAGAAUGUCAAAAAUGGCCCAACCAAAUUUGGAUUACUUAGCACCGGAAAUUCAACAAAAAAAAUUAGGAAGCUUUAGUAGCGACAUGUAUAGUCUUGGAAUGACAAUAUGUGCUAUCUUCAAUCGAGGCAGACCCUUGAUUCAAGCCAAUCACAAUUGUUCCGAGUACCUGAAGCAAUUAGAAAAUCUCGAUGAUCGGGUCGAAAUUAUUCUACCAUCGGUCACGCUUCCUCUGAGAGAAGCAGUUUCAAGACUUCUUCAAAAGGAUAUUGAUCUAAGGCCUACCGCUCAAGUUUUAUCGAUGAUCAAAUAUUUCCGGGAUCCGCUCGUGCACGCCCUUCAAUUUCUGGAUGUGAGCAAGUUAAAGGACUUGAUGCAAAAGGAACAUUUUUAUAGGACAACCCUGAAGGAAUUGUUGCCGUAUAUACCGAAGAAACUAUUGUAUCAACACAUUUGGUGGUAUCUCCAAGCUGAGCUGCAGACCCAGGAAGUCUUAUCGGCGGUCCUGCAGCCGAUCUUAUACAUCAUUGAAAUGAGUACUAAAGAAGAAUACGAGAAUAUAAUCUUUCCCACCUUGAGACCGCUCUUCUCGAAUCGAAAAUCGAUUAAUGGUACUGUAACGUUGUUAGAAAAUUUGCAUGUAAUAUUGGAGAAGACACCCGAACAGUACAUAGAUUCAGAGGUUUUACAGAUGUUAUAUACGAGUUUUGAGAAUUCUACGAUGCAAGUGCAGACGGCCGCUUACAUAGCAGUAACCAACGUGACGGAAUAUCUCAAUGACGAAGCUAUAAGAAAUAUAAUAUUACCAAAGUUACUUCAGGCCUUCGACAAUGGUACCGUCGACGAACGUAAAUUGAUGAAAGUGGUUUACUGUAUAUUAAAUCGACUCGAGAAACAAAAGAUCAUAGACUACGUUUUACCCCUUCUGUGCAAGGUUAAACUACAAGAACCCGAGAUCGUCGUUCGGGUUGUAAAUAUUUACAAAUUGAUGCUUACCGAUAAGAAUUACGGUCUCUCCGUUAAUUGGAUGGCAACUCGAGCGAUGCCCUCGUUACUUCCUCAGACUGUCAAUCCAGGAUUAAAUUUGGAACAAUUCAUGUCACUUUUCCAAGUACUUCAAGAAAUGUUGAAUCACAUAGAGAGGAAUCAAAGAAAUAAGCUCACUCUAGACAAUCUCUCUUUACCGAGUCCGGAACGUUAUCGGCCUUUCCGACAUCAGCAUAGUACGGACAACAUGCACGUACCACCAUUCAACAUCCCGAAUUUAAGGAUCGAUCAACGAAAGACUUCGUCCGCCGAAGAUAUGGCGAGAAAGAAUAGCAUGACUGAACCAGAUAGGACGGCCUCAGCCGAAAAUAUGGCGCGGAAAAAUUCAAUGUUCAACGCUUUUGGAGGAUGGUUCACAUCAACGAUGAACGAUAGCAAUUUCUUAAAAGUGCAUAACGCCUUCACGAGUAGACGUCUUUCGGAUAAUACUUUAAUGACACCUAAAAUACGCGUUGCACCAUCUUGCGCCAGUUCUCCAGGUGGAACACCUGGUGGUGGUUUACCUGUACGUCGACAUUCAAGUAUAGGGCCUCAAGAACGACGUGGAUCGAACAUUAAUCUUUCACCGCCCACGGGAGGCGGAAUGCCAAUAACAAGUAGUAGCGUGCCAUAUCUUCUCAGUUCGAGUAUGAAUAGUGUUCGAGGAUCAAGACGUCCCUCGGUAUCAUCGACGUCAUCCCAACAAGGACUUCUUCAACAGGUUGGAUCCAGCAUGGUAAGACAACUACCCCCCAUCUGCCUCAACCUCAAUGGACCACCACCACCACCAACACUCUCUCCAUCACUCCAGCUACCGGGACAACAUUCCCACUGACCCUUGGUUACAGUUAUCAGUUCUUCAAUAGACAAACCGACGCAUGAAGCGUGCAAGCAGAAAGAAAGGAGAGAUAGAGGAACGUCGAAUGCUAAUUUGUACCUAAAAUAUAGAAGAAUAUUCAUCUUUCUGGGGAAUUUGGAGAAAGUACAAGAUCACCAUGCGAAAUGCAAAAGUAAAUUGCCUUUUCUAAUAUUAUCAAGAAUCUGGUACGAUCGGAACAAGGUAGGUUGUACAAAUUCGAGCAUCGCUAAGAGAAAGUAUUCGAUGUCACGAUGAUAUGAGAAUAGGAAUUCACAAAUUCGACUUCAUUUCGAGGAUUGAUCUUUCUUUAAAUUACUUCGAAAAAUUUUCUUCUUCAAAGUACCUACAAUUCUCAACGAUAAUAUACAAUAUAUAUAUAUAUAUAUAUUGUGUAUCAUAUGUCGCUCAUGAAUGAAAUAAGUCACAGCGAGAAGAGUAGUCGCUUUCAAUGGGUGAACUCUCUUCUUCUUUCUUCAAAUAAAUACGAGUUUAUGAAUCUCUUUCUUUCUCUUUAAAUGUUUCAUCGUGUAAUAACAGGACGUGUGUCGGUCUUCAAUGGAUCAGCUGAUAAAUUCUCUAUUAAAUGUAUACAUGUAUACACGUGUCUACAUGUGUAUAAUAAUUAAAUCCUCGUGCACGUGCUCGUUAGUAAUCGACAUUUUAUCAGCUCAUUAAUUUUCGAUCAAUUCGUUUUUCAUUCUCUUGUUUCAAAUCACUUCGAUAUUUUAUAAUUAAGUACUUUCAGACAAAAUGAUUAUUAUUCGUAAUUAUAAACUCUUUGCCCCUAUAGACAGAUUGCACUUAUCACAUAUAUGGUUAUACAUCGUCUAUAAUCAGGGACUUAAAAAUCUUUCUUACCGAUAGAUGAUAAUCGCGAGCUAUGUUAUCGACAUAGUAUAAAGUGAUAUCUGUUUUCAGGCGUAAUACGAAACCAUGAAGAAAUUUAAUAUUCAUGAUUAUCAAAUAAUUUACGAAGUGAUGCGAACCUUUCACAUAUAUACAAAUAUUUAAAAUGAUUGAAUAAUGAAUCUCAUUAUUAAUACUUGUAUAUUCAUUCUGUUAUAUUUCUAGUAUUCAUAUUUACAUAUCUUCGGCCUCAUUCGUAAAGAGAGAAGCUAAUAUUUUUCUCCUUAAUAUAGGGCCUAUUGCUGUUAUUAAAUGGGAAAACGCGUGAUUGCGCGAUACCCUUGUCAAUUGUCGCAUUACACAAUCAUUAAUAGUUAAGGUAGUUUUUGUAUCCGUGUAAGAUAUACAUACAUAUAUACAUACAUACAUACAUAUAUAUCGCGCGGGCGUUCGCGCGCCUCUCGGUGACGGAUAGCAUCCAGAAGAAAGUGCGAUGUUAAAAAAUAAAGCUAAAAAUACGAUCUUAUUCUUUUCCAAUAUACGGCCAACGAUCGGAAAAAGACAGACAGACAGACAGACAGACAGACAGAGAGAGAGAAAAGAGAAAAAUAAAAUAAACCACGUGUUCCUAUGUACAACGCGCGCAAAUAAAUUUUCAUUUUGCGCUCCGGUAAGAUAUACUUCGCCUAGAUAUUUUUUCCCGCUUGUAAUGAAAAAUAUAUGUAGGGACAGUCUUACACAAUUACAUAUUCACAUAUAUACAUGUACAAUGUACGAUGUCGAUUAUCGAAAGAUUUUCGAAUUUUAUCUGACGUUUCCAAUCUUUCACAGAGUUUAUAGAAAAUAAAACAGGUAAUGUAGAUCGUUAUACUGAUAUAUAUACAUAUGUAUAUGUAUAUAUAUAUAUAUAUAUAUAUAUAUAUAUAUAUAUAUAUCAGAUGAAUUGUAUCAUUUGUUAAGCAUCGUUUCGUACAUCGAAUAAUAUCGAUUCUCGCAGUUUGACGACCUCCUUAUGAACGAAACGACGAUGAUCAAACGGUUUAUAUAUCCGUGCUCGUCUAUGUACAUGACUUUCGAAUAUUUGUUAAAUUUCUUAUCUGCCGUCCGAUUUCUUAUGAUUCGAGAGUAAUUCUAUCCUUUUACCCUGGACGAGCGCGAAAUUGUAAUGCACGGAAUCGUAAAAGCACGCAAGUAUGAUAAGCUAUCUACACAAAUAUUAGGCCAUAUAUCCUACGAAGUUAAAGGAGUGGUACAUCUAUUGUAUUGUACGUAUAUAUGUAUGCGUCUAUACAUGUUCCUAAGACGAUCAUACAAAGUUAAGUGUCCUUAAUAUUAAGCAAAACCGGUUAAACGAUCCAGACGGAUCGUUUAAUAUAUUGAGAGAACAAAUCGUAUAUAUUGGUGAUUAUUUCCAUAAAAUCGCGCGCGAAUGUCCGCAUUUACUUUAUCGUAAUUAUAUUUGUAUGUAUAUAUAUAUAUAUAUAUAUAUAUAUAUAUAUAUAUAUAGAUAUAUAUGUAUGUAUUAAUAUGUACUUAUGUAUAUAUGUAUAUUUAUAUAUCUAUAUAUACAUACAUAUGUAUACAUGUAUCACGGACAAUCAUGGACAAUCAUCUUUCAAACCACGGUAAUAAAAGUGCGUGAGAAACGAUCGAUUUAAUGUUUUACGCUCUAUAUAUAAUGGUAUGUGUAUAUUGAUCUCAAUGAUCAUUGAUUUAUCUCAUCGUGCAAGUGUGUAAAUCCGAUCGUUCUUGUAUAAGAUAAACCCCAUCGAUUGGUAUUACGCACAAUGUAUGAAGUAUAGAGAUUUCUUACAUUCGUGACGUUAUAUAAAUAUCUUUAACUAUAAAUAUUGAACCGAUUUAGUCUUGAUAUCUAAUCGAAAGUCUCUCCAUUUUUUUUUAAAUAUUUAUUUCUUUAUAAUAGGCAAUACUGAUGACAUUAUUGGAAUACCUCUUUCUGAUCCUUGCGUGUGCGUACUUUGUAUUAAAAAUAAUUUUUCUCUAUAUAUAUAUAUACAUAUAUAAUAUAUGUGUGUGUAUAUGUAUAUACAUAUAUAUAUAUAUAUGCACACAUAUAUAUUUAGAAUCUAUGUGGUAAUACAAAUACGGAGUCGAGUAAAAUACUUCCCUUUUCUUUAUAUUCUUCAAAGAAAAGAUAAAAAUAUAUUGACUAAAUGAAUAUACCAAGUAUGGCCAUAAUAAAAGUGUUAUUAAAAUAAAAACUUUCUCUCUCUUUCUCUCUCUCUCUCUCUCUUCUAUUAUUUCAUUAAUAAUAUAUAAUAGUAUUUUACACGACUACGUGAUAUAUUUGACAAAAAUUUAUCGCGGUAUGCUUCAAUCGUACUCUUGGCUAUAUUGUACGCUCGUAACCGUGAUUUUGUCAUUAAAAACGGUAAUCGUCCUUUUUGGAAUCUUUGUUGAUUGUUAAUGGAUAAGAUAAGUAAAACAUAAUUGCAAUUCGAUUUAAAGUAACAAUAAUAAUGAUAACAAUAAUGUGAUUAUUAAGUGUCUAUUAUGUUAUAUUCAAUAAUGAUCCUUUGGACGUAAUUAUAUAAAGGAUGUUUCUAUUAAAAAUUGACACAAAAUGAAGAUUAAUAAGGUUCAAUGAAGAAGAUAUAAACAAUAACUCGUCCUCAGAUACAUAUCCAAAAUUAAAAAAAAUUUAUUUAGGCAAUGAAGAAUAAAAGAGAAAAUUACAUUUUUCCAUUUUAAAAAUUAAAAUAUGUUUUUCCUCGAAAAAGAUAAAAAUAUUAUAUUAAUUAACGACGAUUUAUCUGAUUAAAGUAACGCCAUAUGUGAGAAAAAUCGUAUCUAGAUUUAUGAAUACAGAAUUAUUAGAAAUUUUGCUCAAAAUAAAACUAAAACCCAUAUAAUUCGAUCAUAAUAUAAAAGGGACACGACAGUUAAAAAAAAAAAAAAAUAUAUAUUACACAUUUUCUUGAUAUAAUUGGUAUUUUUUCUAUCAUUGAUUAUAUACAUGUUAUAUACACGCGAGAAGUGGCAAAUUUGAUGUAUUGUAUCUGUAUAGUGCCUAUAGUGAUUGUCAAUGAAGAAAGUUGAAAAUGUAUAAAUUUUGAAAUCAGAGAACAAGAUGAGUAUCGAAAGUUUUCCAAAAUCUCAACCGAUCCCGAGAAAUCUAAAUUAUAACAUAUAUAGAUAUACGUGCUUGUUCAUCUCUCAUAUUCAUUAAUUUUAAUGAUAUAUUCAUUAAAAGAGAGAUAUUCCCAAAGAUUAUGCAAUUGUACACGUAGAUAAUCAUUACACCGAGUAAUAGAUACUCGUCGAAUCCCUUUUAAAAAUUAUGUGUUCAAAAGGAGUUUAUUCUACAUGAAAUUGUUAGUUUAAGUCGAAGUACAAUCAAAGGAUCUGUUUUCAAAUUGUGGCCCUUAUGACAAUUACAAUAUUCUAUAUGUCUAUUUCAUGUAUCCAUUUUUAAAAAUAUAAUAAAACACCCGUUAUGUCAA